AAACUUGAUUGCCAACAGAGAGUGUGGAUCGGCCUUAUCAAAUUUCCUUUUGGCGAACUUCACUCCGGCUUCCAGAUAUUGUGCAGCUCGCCGCCACCUAUUUAGCUGCUGGCCAGAUUGCUGAUAGUGUGCCUCCUCGUUUAAAGACGAUCUCUGCUCACUUUCAUCAGGAUGGUAACCAAGCUUUAAAUACCUGCGGCCAAAACUAAGAAAUCUGUUCAGAUAUUGAGGUGCAGCGAGAUAGUGUUGAUCUUCCUCAGGUUUAUGACUGGGCCUGAAGUACAUAUGACACAGAUGGAGUAAGUGAUGGAAGUCUUUCGGUCUUGAAUUGAUUUUGGAUAGAAACGCAAAGCUGCUUCAACGUACUUCACGAUGCCAUCUGUAACUGGUGGAGCCGUAGUGUUUUUAUCUGUAACUAGCUCAUACAACUUCCUCACAAUAAAGAAUGGAAUUUGAUUUUCUAGGAGAAAUAAGUCAUGAUUAACAAAUUUAAAAAACCACUGGCCGACCUGAAUGUUGCACUGUUCAAGUUCAGUUCCUUCAUCAGCUCGUGGAACUUUCCUCUAUGCUUGGCCCUACGUUGCUGGUGCCUAUAAAAGAGGGGCGUGUUCUCCAUCUUCGCUGAUCAGACUAAUCAGCUCCGAGUCUGAUACUCGUGCAUCGUUGUGGCCCAAAAAUGAGACCAUACCAAUGUGUCCUCCAUGACUCCAUCCUCGGUUUUGAACCGUCGUGAAAUACGAUCCUGUGAUUCAGGUCCCCGAUCUCUCGUGCACCCGAACCGCCUCUGCCGACCCACGAGCCCAUGACCCAGACAGCCAGGCACCCAUCCGUCUCCACGACCGGCACCGUCACCCCGUCCGUCCACCACCACCUCCUGCCACACUCCAUCCCGCACCCCACCCUCACCGCCGCCGCCGCUGGCCCCACCCCCACCCCCACACCCGCUCCGCUCCCGCUCACCGAUGUCCACCCCUUCCGCACCGCCGCCCUGCCCGCACCUCGCCGCGCACCGCCUCUCCUCGCGCCCGCUGCGCUUCGUCCGCCGCUGCCUCCGCGUGCGCCCGCUCGGCCGCCCCGAGAUCCGGCGGGACCCGCGAGAGCUCCCGCGCUGCUCGCCCUGCGCCGCAGCGUCCCCGUCCCCGUCCCCCCGCCUCUACGCCUGCCUCUCCUGCGCCGCCGUCUUCUGCCCCUCCCACGCCGCCUCGCACGCCUCCGCCUCCGCGGGCCCCGGCCACCAGAUCGCCGUCGACGUCGACCGCGCCGAGCUCUUCUGCGCCGCCUGCGGGGACCAGGUCUACGAUCCCGAUUUCGACCACGCCGUCUUCCUCGCCCAAUCCUCCUCGCUCCUCCCCUCCACCUCCUCCGCCUCGCCCUCCCCGGCCCCACGCAAGCGCCGGCGCGUGGAUUACCGCGCAUGGGCGCCAGAUCCGGCCGAAUUCGCGCUCAUGAGCUCCGCGGACCCCACCACCUCCUCGUCCGCCGCCGCGCCGGCGGGGCUGCGCGGGCUCAACAACCUCGGCAACACCUGCUUCAUGAACUCCGUGCUCCAGGCGCUCCUCCACGCGCCCCCGCUCCGGAACUACUUCCUCGGCGAUCGGCACAACCGGUUCCUCUGCCCGCGCCGAACGCCCGUCAGACACCGUGCCGCGGAGGCCGACGCCGCCAAGGUCGCGUGCCUCGCGUGCGAUCUCGAUGAGAUCUACUCCGCGGCAUUCUCCGGGGAGCGCAUGCCAUACAGCCCCGCCAAGUUUCUAUAUAGUUGGUGGCAGCAUGCAUCAAACCUCGCAAGCUACGAGCAACAGGAUGCACAUGAAUUUUUUAUCUCCAUCCUUGACCAUAUCCAUGAAAAUAUAAAGGAUGAUCAGCACAAGUCACAUGUCCAAGGGCAUGGGGACUGUUGCAUUGCCCAUAGAGUGUUUUCUGGAAUCCUGAGGUCAGAUGUCACCUGCACAAGCUGUGGGUUCACAUCGACAACUUUCGAGCCCUGUAUGGACAUUUCCUUGGACUUGGAUGUUGGAGAUAACAGUCCUUUUGGUGUUGCAAACACAAAGCCACAUGCGCGCAAUGGGGAACGGGGCUUGGCUGGCAUGAAUUCCAAGGUAUCAACUCUAAUGAGAUGUUUGGAGCGGUUUACAAGGGCUGAGAGACUUGAUGCUGAGCAAAAGUUCUUCUGUGAACGCUGCGAUGAGAGGCAAGAAUCCCUGAAGCAAAUGUCCAUUCGCAGGCUUCCAUUAGUUUCCUGCUUUCACAUAAAGAGAUUUGAGCACUCGGCAGUCAAAAAGGUGUCAAGGAAAGUCGAUCACUGUUUGCAGUUCCCCUUUUCCCUUGACAUGGCACCUUACCUAUCAUCAUCUAUUCUCAGAAGUAGAUAUGGAAACCGCAUAUUUCCAGCAGAAGCUAGUGAUGCAGAUGCAGUUUCAGAAUUGUCAUCAGAAUUCGAGAUAUUCGCAGUGAUCACACAUAGUGGUAAACUGGAAGCUGGCCAUUAUGUGACAUAUCUGAGGUUAAACAACCACUGGUAUAAAUGUGAUGAUGCCUGGGUAACGAGAGUUGAGGAACAUACUGUCAGAACUUCUCAGGCAUACAUGCUCUUUUAUGUGCAGAAGACACUCUAUUACAAAGCUUGUGAAAGAGCAGCUGCAGUCUGAUCUGAAGCAAACAUUGAUGACACUACUCCACAACGUCAGGAAAAAGUUGCCAUCGAAUCAGAUACACAUUUAGUUGGUCAAGAGGAAAAAGUCAUGGUAUUAGUUAAAAAAAUGCAUGGUAUUUUGAUAGCACAGCCAUCGAGACAGAUGGUGGUCAAAGUUUCGUUCUCAUUGAGCAAUAGUUCCAGGCAGAGGGAACCUUUUUUUGGCGAUUUUCUUUACAGCCAGUUGCCCAAAGGGAAGAUGGCCGAAUUUUAUGUGUUGUAUUAUCAUAUAAUCCUGAUUGAUGGAUUUCUUGUGGUGGCUACCACAAAACUGUAAGGGCGCCAUUAUUUGAUACCAUUGAUGGUGAGGAUGCUCAAACCAAUUGUGCUGGUAGGAUUGAGCAAGGAGAGGAGUGGAAACUGUAGAAACGAAAUGAAAAGGGAACCGAAUUUUUGAUGCGUUCCUUUCAGUAAUUGCAUGCUCGCUCUACUGAUAUAUGUUCUCGUUCUGGUACC